UUUGAUGAAUUUUUAUCUUCGUUUUCCUCGGAAUAACGUUUCGUAGUUCAUCUUCGAGAACAAUUGCAAUAUAAUUCACGAAACAGUCGGUCGUUCUUCUUUGUAUCAUGUACAACACGACAUGGAUCAAGCUGAAUCUUUCUCUUUAUUAUUAAUUUCUCCAGAAGAUGUCUUUAAGUCAUUAAAUACGUGGGCAUUGACGCGGUCCAUUUUAUUUACGGAUUCAUAUUUAGCAAAAACUAUAGAAAGCUCUUCUUAUUUUCCAAAUAACAAAACCGCACAGACUUGUACCAUAUUUGUGUUAAAUUAUUUGUAAUACAAUCAACCUAAUUCUUUGCAUAAGCAGUAACAUGUACGGAGAAGCAUGCUCUUUAAUCGGAAUCUAUCGUGAUUAUAUAAUGUUUUCUAUUAAAGCAGAUUAUUAGCGAAUAGUCGAAACUAUUCGCUUGGACUGCAAGAAACAUGUAUGUAUAUUCGAUGCUUAACUUUGUUUUUUUUUUAUACAUCGUGUAAUCAAAGUUUUUAGAAAUGCAAAAGAUAGACAAAAUAAUGCGAACACUUUGGAAAUACAGACAUUGUUAUCUGUUAUCAUGAAUUAUUUAUUCGUGUAACAAAGGAAACAAUGAGAAACAACAAACUACAGAUUAAAUAAUUUUACAUUAUUAGAGACCGACAAAUUUAUAUUUUAUACUGGGCAUCAGACUAACAAAGUUAAUUUUUUAAAAAAACUUUAUUAUACUUAAAUUGCGUGGCAUUUGUUUGUUUUAGCAUGACUGACCCUAUUUAGCUAAAAGAGAUAAACUUUCCCAGCAAAUGAUAAAUAAUUGGAAAAUAUUGAAAAUUAUACUUUGAAUCAAGCUUUCGAAUUUUUUUAAUCAGUUUUCAACCUGUAAUCCGUUGAAUCCGUAAUUGUGGAUCGACCAUUUGCUAUUAUUAGUAUCACACCCAAAAUGUAAAAUUAUAUUGAAAAUUAUUCAUUGAGCGAUGUCAAGUUUUAAAUUUUUCCAGACAUUUGUUCAGUCAACAGAUAUGACUAUGACACAAUAGGAUGACUAUGACAAACCGAUAACGUAACACAAAAAACGUAAAAACAAGUUUACCAUAAAUAGCACAUACACGUUCACGAGAAUAUAUUGAAUUUUUUUUCCUUGUAGUCCACUUUAGUGCUAACGCCUCGCUAUAAUAAUAACGUUUGAUCUUCAGAGAAGUGUUUCCAAUUUUCAUCAAACUGUUUACAUUAUUUAGCGACGUAAAUUUCAUAAAUUAAUCCAAAUCACAUACCAGAUAAGAGUGAGACAAACAUUGUAAGAGCAACCAGCAAGAAUGGCAGAAGUAGAACAAGAAUUUAAGGAGAUAAAAUUGUCCGUACCAUGGGGUCACGUUGCCGCCAGAACUUACGGUUCUCCCACGGAAAAGCGAGUCUUACUGAUACACGGUCUUCUGGAUAACGUUGGAACAUUUACUAGAUUGAUGAAAUAUUUACCAAAAAAAUCAUUUUAUUACGUAUGCAUAGAUUUACCUGGCCAUGGUUGGUCAUCAGCCUUUCCAUCUUGGAUGGUGAUUGACUUUGUGGAUUAUGUACACUCACUAUAUUUUAUCUUAGAAGCGCUACAGUGGGAUACAUGUAUUAUUUUAGGACAUUGUUUCGGAGCGCAAAUAGCUUUAGGGUUCAGUAUUUUUUACUCGAACAGAAUUGAGAAGAUAAUCUCUAUUGACGGAAUUUUUGGGCUUUCUUCUUAUGAAAAAGAUUUUAUAACAUAUUUUCAAGCUGCAUCUGAACUUUCAGUAAAAGAUUAUUAUCAAAAACAUAAUAAAUUGUCUUUCACCAAAGAAGAAAUAUUACGCGCUUUUAUGACUAUGAGGACAACACCUUUGAAUUACGAAGCUGCUGACGCAAUGUUUGAACGUGCAGUUACAGAAGUAAAUGGAAAAUACAUAUAUAAUAGAAAUAUACGAUUAAAAAAUGUUCCUUUAUCAUCUUUUAACAUAGAUCAGUGUCUAAAACUCUGUCAUAGACUUCCAAUGAUACCAAUAUACAUUUUUGUUUCAUCUCACGGUUUUAUUGUUUCAUAUAAAGAUCAUAAAUUAGUAUUUGAAAUAAUGAGAGCUAAAUCCAUAUUAGAAGUAAUUUAUGUAGACGGAAAUCAUGACGUUCAUAAUAAUGAGCCUGAAAAAAUUGCGCCAUUUAUAUGUAAAAUAUUGAACAGCAACAAUUCCAAACUAUAGACAGAUGUGUACAUGUACAUAUACAUAUAUUCUUAUUAUAGAUAUUGUUUCAUAUAUGAAUAUAUUAAAUUAUAAUAAAUAUAUUUUAAAGUUUAUAAUAUAACUGUAAUGAGAGUAAAUAUACAUGUUAAUUAUUAGAAAAUUAGAUGUAAAAUGAGUUGCUAUAUAAUCUAUCAUAUGCUAAACGUGAUAAGUGUAUUUUGUAGAAAUAAAAGUAAACAAUUAUAUUUGUAACUUUUACAGCAAUUUGCAAUAUUUUAGUGUUAACUAUUAUUUUAAUAUAGAUGCAACUUUCUUUUAUAAUAGUUAUUUACAAGAACCUAUCCUUUCUAUGCACUUAAAUUUUUUCAGAUUUAUAAUGUAUAUCCAAAGGUAUGAGGUGUUGUAAGGUAUUUUAUA